ACCAUGAUAGGAGAAAUUUGUGCCGCUGCGGAAUUCAUCUCCAACUUCCUCAGCAUCAAGGGCCUCAGGAACGAACAACAGCUGCAGACCUUCAGCCAGAGCCUGCAGGAGCUGCUGGCACAACACUACAAACACCACUGGUUCCCAGAGGAGCCCUGCAAGGGAUCCGGAUACAGGUGCAUUCGCAUCAACCAUAAGAUGGAUCCUCUCAUUGGUCAGGCAGCCCAGCGGAUUGGACUGAGCAGCCAAGAGUUGUUCAGGUUUCUCCCAUGUGAACUCACACUCUGGGUUGAUCCCUAUGAAGUGUCCUACCGCAUUGGAGAGGAUGGCUCCAUCUGUGUGCUAUAUGAAUCCUUGCCGGAAGGAGAUGGCUUUCAGAGCACCACUGAACAGCGAAUGCUAUACACCAGAAUGGGUUACAGGCAGGAAAUUCUCUGGCGAAGACCAAUCCCAUUUCAAACCUACAAUAUGAUGACUGUAUGGGGUCAUGGUAUUGUCGGUACAGUCUACGGAUGGGUCAUCUUCUAA